CUUCCGCCCGCGACGGCGCGCGGCAACCGGAAGUGGGCUGGCGCGCCGGAAGUUGAGGAGAGUUUCUUAAGAGCUAGGUUUCCUCAACAUGGCAGCACCCUUGUCAGUGGAGGUGGAGUUCGGAGGUGGCGCGGAGCUUCUGUUUGAUGGUGUAAAGAAACAUCAAGUCACUUUGCCUGGGCAGGAGGAGCCCUGGGACAUCCGGAACCUCCUUGUCUGGAUCAAGAAGAAUUUGCUAAAAGAGCGGCCAGAGCUGUUCAUCCAGGGAGACAGCGUGCGGCCAGGAAUUCUGGUGCUGAUUAAUGAUGCCGACUGGGAACUGCUGGGCGAGCUGGACUACCAGCUGCAGGACCAAGACAGCGUCCUCUUCAUCUCCACACUGCACGGCGGCUGAGGGCCCCUAUGUCUGGGCCGCUUGCAGGGGGAGAUCAGAACAAUCAGACAUCCCUUUGGGCCCUGCUUCCAGGUCUCCCUGUCCCCCUUGGCUACCUUCUUCCCUGCUCUGUCCCUUGAGCUUCCUUCAGGCAGAGAAAGGAGGCCAAGAGCUAAAAAUGAGCCUUUCUGGCCAUGUGAGCCAGGGAAAGCGGGCAGUGGCUGGGGGUCCCCUCUGGUGUGUCAGAAAUGGAAGGGGCUCUGCAGCCAGGUGACCCAGCUGCCUUGUGCUCCUCCUGUCUCGGUCUCGUGACUGUCAGCAAGGUGCUCCAGCUCCAGGGCCAUCUUGUGGGAAGAUGGGUGGGCCUGAAGAACUGAAGGCGGGCCCUCCCUUCCAAAGAUCCGAGGACUCUUCGCCUCAGUUUCCCCAUCUGGACAGCAGAAGGCUGUGCCUGUCCCCUACUGAUAUCAUUAUGGAACCCCAGAUGGGGUCCCUUAUUCGGUGAUGACCCCUCCCCCAAACCCAGCAGCUGUUCUCCCAGCCACACCCUCCUCCCCCUGCUCCCCAGCCCUUGACCCUGGCUCCCCCCCCUACCCCCACAGGCCACCAGAUGGGUUCCAACAGCCUCCUCAGUCUUUGUACUGCUUGGUCUGCUGUGGGGGAAGGAGCCUAACCUUGGACUGGCUGGCAGAGGCCUGGCACAGGGGUCAGUGUCCCUCAAUCGCUUCCUCUGCAACAACCAAGUAUUUAUAGUAUCUGAAACUUGGAGAGAUGCUUGAUGGCACAAGUUUGGCUUGUUGGAAGCAGGGUGGGGGGUGGUAGCACCUGGUAGGCAGAGUGGUUUGCCCCUCCUUUCUCCAUCCCUUCUGGAAGUUGGGGGCCUGGUUGCUUGCAACAGCUGACCUUGAGCAAAUAAAAGGCUAGGUUGUUUGCUGGCCUUGCAGAGAGCUGCAUCCUUGGAGACAGGUGGUACCCCAUCUCUCCCCUGCCAUGGCCUCUGGGACGCCCUCCUGUCCUGUGCCUGGGGUGCUCAGCUGCCCUUUCCCCAAAGGCUGAAACUCCAACUGCCCCAGAGGAGGUGGUCCUGUACGGGUGUCUAGAGAAGGAGGUGCAGAACCAGCCCCAGCUGACCAGCCUGAGUCCCAGCCAGUCAGAUCCCAUCACCUGCAGCCAGAUCCCCUGGCUGCACACUGGAACUGACACAGAAGAACCUGCGGAGCCCCCUUUUCUUCCAUAACCUGGAGAAAAGAGCUUUGUCUACAGGAGGAAGACCUUAAAAAGAAUUAGGGCACCAGCAAAUCCUAGACUUUGCUUUUCAUUAAUGUCAGUAAUUUAAGGUGGAAAUUUCUCAUCCUGUGGAGAUGAAAAGCACCAGAUGUCCCAGCAGUGCUGGGAGGGUGCACAUCAUUCUCUUAGGGGAUAGGUGACCCUGGCCCAUGGGCUUCUUCCGCCUGCUGCAGAGGUGGCCUCCCAUGAGUGGUGGAAGCAGGCAUAUUGGGGUUACUGAGCAGCUGGGUGGGGUGCUCUCCAGAGGCUGGCUGACAGCCCUCUCUAGGUGCUGAGAUCAGGGUGUCCCUAAAGAGAACAGCACGGGACCUGAAGUCGCCCAACAGCCUCACUUGAGAGGGUAAACUUGGGCCAGUUCCUACAGCCUGAAGGUCUCUGUGUCCCUCCAGCUCCUGAGCUGUAGGACUGGCCUAGGUCCUGGGUGCUGGGGUCCUCUCGAUGCCCAUGGGGUUGGGGCUGAGAGAUGGAGGGGAUUCUUGCCCACGUUGCACCGAUUAAUGCUGAGCAGCAGAGCCAGAGAAAGACCAAGGGGAAAGCUGGGUUCUCCCCGCAGCAGGGGUGCUGGCGCCAGGUGGGAGCACACAGGGCCAAGACACUGGACCACUGCAGGUCAUCUCCAGCCCCAAGCCGAAAGGGGUCAGGACCAGUGACCCAGGUUCACUGCCAGCAGCUCCCAGCAGUCCUCCUUCCAAGCAAUUCCUGACCCCUGCUUUUGAGGAAAUAAAUAAGCCCCACUAUCUCCAAA